UCUCCUCGUCUCAGUCGCACCUUGAUCAUUUCGGGCUGAGGACUUGGCUAGUAGAUGAUACUUCAGCCACUGACCAGUCAGUAAGUCUGUCCGCAACUGCCGUCAAUUCUGGUGGUUUAGUGUUAAGCGCUGUGACCAUUGUCAGCGAUUUAUGAAGCAUCUGACGUUCUGGAGAAGUAGCAACUCCAGUAGACCGUCCAUCCUACUAAUUACGUUUCGGGACCGUUAGUACAGUCUUGUCGCUCGAUCCGGAUCUUUUGCAAGCCUUUUAACGGUGCGCGGCCGUUCAGGUCCAGCGACGGAGUCCAACGAUAACGUUUUCCGUCAGUCAUGGAGCAGCGGCGAGUCCAUUCGCCGCUACCAGCGCUAACCGGCAGCUCGCCUAGCGAGUCUACCCCCAGCCCGCUCGGCACGGGAUCCACCAAUCGCAGCGGGAUAAGAAACUGGAGCCCUCUUUCCGGGAGCUUUCGCCCUUUCAGCCUAGGAGAGUCGAGCCAAUGCUACUCGAAGCGCGGCAAAGGCGACGAUUCGCCGCCACCGCCAGUUGCGGGAAUCCACUCGUUCGUCGCGAUUGGAGUUAUCCUCGCUAUAGUGUUCGUCGCUUCGUUAGCAGCCAUCGGAAGGGUCGCUCAGCUUCCGCUCACGCAAAACAUGCAGGGUUCGCGGAACCUUCUCUCCUCGUCGAGUGACGUCACGGUAGCGAUCAUUAGUAACGACUGGAAGGGUAAGGCCGAGAGUAUCGGCACCGGAAAACUCGCCGUGGACGGCGGAAGCGAUUUUGACGGGGUGGACAGCUGGCGAGGCGCAUUUUCCGGGGAGGUUGUGAAGGUUGAAGAGGUUAGAGAAGACCGGGUGGAAAAGAAACGCGGGAAAGCCAACCAGGGGAAAUCGCGGAAGGGGGAAAGGCAAGGGGGAGCCGAGGUGCGUAAGGGAGGUAAGGGGGAUGAAGGUAAUAAGGGCGAGGGACGACCGAGCCCUGAGGCGGCUGGCGAAAAAGGCGAGGCGAAAGCAAAGGGGUCAGAGAGGAAAACGAACACGCAGAGAGAUGAGCGGCAGGAAGCGGGAAGAGGAGAGGAGCGGAGUGAAACGGAGAGUAGCACGCCGCAAGAAGGCGAGACUGACGAGGGAGCGAGAGAGAAAGAGAAGACUGCGCGACAGGAGGGGGGAACGGAGGGGAAGGCGGAGGGGAAGGCGGCGGCUGCUAAAAGUUCGGAAGAUGGGGAACACCGCAGCGGAAGCGCACAGUCAGCGGAAGCAGCUGCGGGAAAAGCGGAUGCACUAGUAGAAGCGGAAGGCGCACGGGGAGCGGAAGCAGCGGGGGAGACGAAGGCAACUGGGGAAGCGGAAUCAGCAACACUGGAAGUGACGGAAGUUAGCGACACUGCAGUGGUUGCUGUGGCAGAGGGCAACCUAGGCGCACGCAUGCAGGCGCUUUGCCUUGCGCCCGCCGUCAGCGCUGUGUGGGGCGCACGCAGAGCGCGGGAGGCGGGCGGGGGGAAGGCGGAAGGGGAAAGAACGGGAGAGGUGGCCGUUGUAUGGAGUAACUCAGCUGUUGCCGAUGCUGACGUGGACGAAGGUGCUGGUGGUUCCGCUGGCGGUAUUCCCAAGAAGGGAUCCGCAGGGGAGGGGUUUUCGAAUCUAUUCAACGCGUUUCCUGGUGUGGAAUCAUUGGGGUUAGAUGAGAAGGAUAAGGCCGUUUGGCCGAGUGUGACUGUAACAGGAGCAGCCUCUGCUGCUCCUCUAUUAGAGUCACGGAAACAGCUGCGCAUCUCCCUGCCGGUCUGUCUUGAUGAGGGGUCUGCAUCGGCCAAUGGGAGUGCGACGAGUGGCAUUAGCGGCAACGUGGAGGUGCCUGAGCUAUCCUUGUCGCUGUGGGUUCCGUCAGGGCUGAGCCACGUGGCAAGCAGGGAAUGGACCACCCCCGAGGCCUGCUCCGCCCUCCGCCUCUUCCAGUCAUGUCUCGGCGCUCUCCAGCCCUCGCCACGUGUCAGCAGAUUACUGGAGGAGGGGGCGCUGGGGGAAACAGGUGCAGCUGCUGGAAGAUCUGAGGGGGAGAUUAAGGAGGGGGAGAUUAAGGAAGGGGCAGGAACAGACGGGGUGUUUAAGGAGAGAUUAGCGCGCACCACUGCAGUGUAUCUAGAAGCCAAUCAGGUGAUGCCACCUGGCACGUGUGGUGGAUGCCCCGAGGACCCUCUGCUGAACUGCACCCUUCGCACGCUGACGUGGCGCUACCUGCGCGUGCCGUCCAACUCUGCCGACGUGGACUUUACUGUAGCAGCCGCCUCUGCUACAGACGCUGCUACAGUCGCUGGCACCUUUCACCCCCUGCGCGCCCCUUUCCUCCUCCCCCACACGGUGCUUAGGAGGCACAUGGGAUGCCCCUUGAGGAAGCAGAGUCUGGGGAACCCGAGUGGCGCAGGGCAGGGGGUGGAGGGGAAGCAGGAUGCUGGGAAAGGGGCUGACGAGACCGAGGGUUUAAGUGCACAACCCCCCUCGUCCUCCUCGUCUUCCUCGUCCUCCUUGACCUCCUCGUCUUCCUCGUCCUCCUUGACUUCCUCGUCUUCCUCGUCCUCCUCGUCCUCCUCAUCCUUGACCUCCUCUUCACCCGCCAGCACCAGCUCCAGUUCUCCUGCAUCCCCCUCCUCUGCUUCCUCCUCACCACCCCCAUCGUCCUCGUCCUCGGCCUCGUCGCGGCGAUUGCUGGCUCUGAAGCAUGAAGAGAAGAAAGCAGACAGCAGCAAAAGCGGCAGCGAGGGGAGCGACAAUCGCAGCAGUGACAGUAAUGGGAGUGACAAGAGCGGAAGUGGCAGCAGUGGGGCGAGCAGGGAGGGAGAUGACGGAUGGAGUUGUGCCCAGUUGGAGCUGGCGGAGCUUCUCCUGCUGUCGUCGGCUCGAGGGCUCAUCCACACGCGGCCCUCCGUGGAGGCACUGUUCAUUCACGCGCAAGCCAGGGCGCGGAGCAAUGAAAGGUGGAGCGUGGAGGGAGCCUCUGUUGCUGAAACAGCAUCUGGUGCGGCAGUAGCCCCCACGCCUGCGUUUGCUGUGGAGCCGAGUGUGUGUGCCGCCCCUCGUGUCGAUCGGUUCGUCAACCAGAAGUACCUGCAGCAGCUGCUCGUGGAUGAGGAGCUCAAGACAGUGUACUGCUUUGUGCCCAAGGCGGCCUGCACGAGCUGGAAGGUGUGGUUCAGAGAGCAGCUGGCAAAGCGAGUGGGCGGCAUGGGGUCGCAUGGAGUCCCGGUGCGCAUCAUAGUGCACAACCCGCAGCAGAGCGGGCUCAGCAUCAUGGGCUACGGCUUCCAGGAGCACGAGAACAUCCGGUUCCUCACGAGGCCAGACUUCUUCAAGUUCUCAUUUGUGCGCAACCCGUUCACAAGAAUCGCUUCGGCGUAUUUGAACAAGCACGUGGAUGGGGGCUACCCACACGACCGCAAGUACUGGAACGAGCGUUUCUUCGCAGGGCUGCAGGCAUACGAUGCGUUUAUGGGGAGCCAGAACGGCAGCGACUCCAUUCCCUUCUCGGCGUUCAUGUGGUUCCUGCAGCUGCAAGCCAUGCGCCGAGUCGAGCGCAUGGACCCCCAUGUGCGACCACAGAUCGACCUGUGCAAACUGGAUGCGAUCCGAUAUGAUUUUAUUGGGCGGUUCGAGAAUCUCGAAAAGGAUGUGGAGCAGGUGAUGCGCCGAUUCGGGAAGGACGAGAAAGAUGCGUUUAAAAUUGGUCACGGGGCGCAUCCAACUAAUGCAUCAGAUAAACUUCUCGAUUUGUAUGAUCAGAAAGCAUUCAAGGCUGCCAUGGUGGCGUAUAAGACAGAUUUUAGCGUCCCGCUCAAUAAUAUAGAAUAUGGACCACCACAAGCACUUGUGGACAAGUUUGAGGCACAAACCUAAAAGUAUUAUCAUUGUUAGGGCUAAUGCCAAUUCAUCAGCCCUAUUCAUUCAUUCUUAGUCAAG